AUGCGCCGUUGGGGAAGGGUGGGAUAUCUGGAUUUUCAUCUUGAAAAAAGUAAGUUACUUAGAAGUGAGAAACAUGUAAAAAUGAAUGUCUGGUCCGUGAACGGUGCAACGACCGCUGCAGCUGGACAUACAUCGCAAUGGUUCUUGGAAGCUGUCGAAGAACUGGAACGUGAGCUCCUCCUGCUUGAGUCACUGGCUGCCUCGUAA